AUGAGCGGCGGACGAAUCAGAAUCCGGAUGGAAGCGUACGAUCACCAGGCGCUCGACGCCUCGGCGAAAGAGAUCGUCGAUCACGCCAAGCGCACCAGCGCCCGCGUCGCGGGUCCGGUCCCGCUGCCCACGCGCAUCGAGCGCUACACCGUGCUCCGCGGUCCGUUCAAGGACAAGAAGUCGCGCGAGCAGUUCGAGAUCCGCACCCACAAGCGGAUCAUCGAUAUCACCGAGCCCAACGCGCGCACCGUCGAGGCCCUCAACCGCCUCGUUGUCCCCGCGGGCGUCUUCAUCAAGACGAACGACAUGCCGCUCACGCUGCUCGGCACCAAAAUCGGAAUGACCCGCUGGUUCACCGAAGACGGGAAGAACAUCCCCGUCACGGUGAUCGAGGUCGGUCCGUGCGUCGUCACCCAGGUCAAGACCGAAGAGGUCGACGGCUACGACGCCGUCCAGAUCGGGUACGACGACGUCAAGCCGCGCCGUUCGACCAUGCCCAUCAUCGCCCACGACGGCAAGGCCGGCACCGGCCCGAAGCGUCACCACCGCGAGUUCCAGGCCGAGGGCGAAGACUUCGAGCUCGGCCAGGAGCUGACCGUCGAACUCUUUGCCAACCACGCCUUCAUCGAUAUCACCGGCACCUCGAAGGGCAAGGGCUUCCAGGGCGGCAUGAAGCGCCACAACUUCCGUGGCCAGGAAGCCAGCCACGGCGUCGAGCGCAAGCACCGCUCCCCGGGCUCGAUCGGCGGCCACGCCACCAACCUCGGCACCGGUCCCAAGAUCAAAAAGGGCAAGAAGAUGGCCGGGCAGAUGGGCAACGUCCGCUGCACCGUUCGCUCCCUCGAGGUCGUCAAGGUCGACACCGACAACAACCUGCUCCUCGUCAAGGGCCCGGUCCCCGGCGCCGCGAGGGGCGUUCUCGAGAUCCGCACACCCACCCGCCUGUUCAAGUCCAAGCGGACGCGGCAGGAAGAGGCCCUCAAGGUCCGCGACGCGGAAACCGACGGGCAACCACAAGCAGAGGCACCCGCCGAGUUGCGACAGACGCUGGAGAUUCCACCGAUGGAAGUCCCCGUCCGAAACAUGAAGGGCGAUCAGGUGAGCACCCUCACCAUCGACGAAGCCGUCCUCGGAGGCGAGCUCAACCCUUCCCUCAUCAAGCAGGCGUACGUCCGCUACCACGCGAACACGCGCCAGGGCAGCGCCCGGACCAAGGGUCGCGGCCAGGUCGCCGGUUCCACCCGCAAACUCUUCAAGCAGAAGGGCACCGGUCGCGCCCGCAUGGGCACGGUCCGCACCGCGAUCCGUCGAGGCGGCGGCGUCGCCUUCGCCAAGACGAAGCAGCGCGAGGAAUUCCGCAAGGACAUGCCCGUCAAGAUGCGGCGCAAGGCCAACCGCAACGCCCUGCUCUCCAAGCUCAUGGACAACGAGGUCUUCGUCCUCGACGACAUCAAGCUCGACGCCCCCAAGACCAAGGUCAUGAGCGACCUGCUCAAGGCCCUCGGCGUCGACCGCACCUGCCUCGUCGCCGUCUCGGCCGAGAACAAGAACGCCGGGCUCGCGGCUCGCAACAUCGACAACGUCACCGUCUGCGACGCCAGCCAGCUCACCUGUUUCGAGAUGCUCAACUGCCGCUACAUGGUCAUCUCCAAGGCCGAUCUCCAGGCCUGGAUCGACGGCCCCAGCGCCAAGACCGGCAAGGGCGCCAAGGCCGACGCCGCGAAGGAGGUGGACCCCACGGCGAGCAAGACGCAGAUCAAGAACGCGAUCGAGGACCUCUACCGCGUCCGCGUGGUCGGCGUCUCGACGGUGACCCAGCUGAGCACGAUGGCGAUCCGCAUCUACAGACCGACCAGCGCCGGGCGACGAAACGCCUCGGUGAACACGUACGAGGAGCUCACGCCCGGCAAGCGCCGGCCCGUGAAGGCCCUCACGUCCACCAUCAACAAGAAGGGCGGACGCAACAACCAGGGCAAGAUCACCGUCCGCGGACGCGGCGGCGGUCACAAGCGCCUCUACCGCAAGAUCGACUUCCGCCGCAACGACCGCAACGGCAUCGUCGGCGUCGUCGAGGCGAUCGAGUACGACCCCAACCGCUCGUCCAACAUCGCGCUCAUCAAGUACGCCGACGGCGUGAUGCGCUACAUCAUCGCCCCCAAGAAGCUCAAGCAGGGCGACGAGAUCCUCGCCAGCGACGAGUUCAUCGAGCCCAAGGUCGGCAAUUGCCUCAAGAUCAAGCACAUCCCCACCGGCCUCGAUAUCCACAACAUCGAGCUCAAGCCGGGCAAGGGCGGCCAGAUCUGUCGCUCCGCGGGCUCCUCGGCGCGUCUCUCCAACAAGGAAGAGAAGUUCGCCACCCUCGUGCUCCCCUCCGGUGAGAUCCGCCGCGUGCUCAUCGAGUGCCGCGCGACCAUCGGCGUCGUCGGCAACUCCGACCACUCCCAGCGCCGCCUGGGCAAGGCCGGCAAGUCCCGUCACCUCGGCCGCCGCCCCAAGACCCGCGGCGUCGCGAUGUCGCACAACGCCCACCCCCUCGGCGGCGGCGAAGGCCGCUCCAAGGGCAACCGCGCCCCGGUCAGCAAGUCCGGCACCCCGUCCAAGGGCGGCUCGACCCGCAACCGCAAGCAGCAUUCCGAAGACCUGAUCAUCCGUCGUCGCAAGUCCAAGCGUUACGGCCCGUUCGUGGACGAGAAGCUCUACCGCAAGGUCGAGUCGCUCAACGAGUCCGGCGGCAAGAAGCCCAUCAAGACCUGGGCCCGCGCCUGCACCAUCGUCCCCGAGUUCGUCGGCCACACCUUCCAGGUCUACAACGGCCGCAUCUUCAACGACGUCUUCGUCACCGAGGACAUGGUCGGCCACAAGCUGGGCGAGUUCAGCCCGACCCGCGUCUUCCGAGGUCACACCAACAAGAAGGAAGGCAUCAAGAACAAACUCAACCACAAGACAUUCAAGCAGCUCGCGACGGACGCCGGCAAGAGCGUCGACGACCUCGCCGCCGCCCUCCCCAAGGCGACCGAUCGCCGCAAGGAAGACGACCGCGCGCAGGCCAAGGUCAGGAACUGGCUCGAGGGCCGGAACAAGCCGGGCGCCACCGCCGACGAGAUCGCCGCGAUCGCCGACACCCUGGGCGUCCCGCUCACGCGCAUCGCCGACUUCCCCUGCAAGGCCCGCUGGGUCCGCUCGAGCCCCCGCAAGGCCCGGCUCAUCGCCGACCUGGUCCGGGGCAAGAGCGUCGACGAGGCCUACAGCCUCCUCGAGUUCUCCCCCAAGCGAGCCAGCGUCUUCGUCCGCAAGGCCCUCAGCGCCGCCGUCGCGGACGCGGAAGCCGCCGACGCCCGCAUCGACCGCCUCUACAUCUCCGAGUCGCGCGUCGACGAGGGCGUGAUCAUCAAGCGAUUCCAGCCCAAGGACCGCGGCCGCGCCCACCCCAUCCAGAAGAAGACAAGCCACAUCAUCAUCGCCGUCGAGGCGCUGUACGGCGAGCUCCUCGUCGAGGACUUCAAGAUCCGCGAGUUCGUCGACAAGCGCCUGAACCGGACCCCGCCCUUCGCGGCCGUCUCGGACAUCCACAUCGAGCGCACCCGCGAGGAGCUCAAGGUCAUCGUCAAGACCGCCCGCCCGGGCCUGGUCAUCGGCCCCAAGGGCGCCGAGGUCGACCGCCUCACCGAAGAGCUCCAGUACAUGACCGGCCGCAAGGUCUCGAUCAGCAUCAUCGAGAUCAAGAACCCGGACAUGAACGCCGCGCUCAUCGCCGAGGGCAUCGCCGAGCAGCUCCGCAAGCGCGCCAGCUACCGCCGCCUCGUCAAGAUGCGCGCCGAGGCCGCCAUGCAGGCCGGUGCCAAGGGCGUCCGCAUCCUCCUCGCCGGCCGCCUGGGCGGCGCCGAGAUGAGCCGCCGCCUCGACACCCGCCUCGGCUCCAUGCCGCUCUCCUCGCUCCAGGCGAACAUCGACUACGGCUUCGCCCGCUGCGUCGCGAGCUACGGUGCCAUGGGCGUCAAGGUCUGGAUCUACAAGGGCGACUACGACGCCAUGGAAGAAGAGUCCGAGGACACCUCCAAGGCCGCCGGUGCCCGCCCGCGUGCCCGAGGGAAGGAGUUCCGGCGCGUCCGGGACCGCAAGGCGACGAAGGGCAACUACGUCGCGUUCGGCGACUACGGCCUCCAGUCCCUCGAGGGCUGCUGGCUCACCGCGCGCCAGAUCGAGGCCGGCCGUAUCGCCGCCCAGCACUUCCUGAAGCGUCAGGGCAAGAUCUAUAUCCGGGUCUUCCCGGACAAACCGGUCUCCAAGAAGCCCCUCGAGACCCGAAUGGGCAAGGGCAAGGCGGACGUCGACUACUGGGCCGCCCGCGUGCGCCCCGGGACGAUGCUCUUCGAGAUCGCGGGUGUGACCGAGGACAUCGCCAAGCAGACCAUGGUCCGCAUCGCGAUGAAGACGGAGCACGAGAUGAAAGCUGACGAAGUGCACAAGCUGACCGGCGAGGAGAUCGAGGUCGAGAUCGACCGACUCCAGCGCCGUCUCUACGACCUCCGCACCCAGACCGUGACGGAGAAGAUCGAGGACCCCAGCCAAUUCGGCAAGGUCCGCAAGGACAUCGCCCGACUCAAGACCGAGCGCCGGGGCGCCACGAUCGGCGUCGUCGAGUCCGACAAGUCCGACAAGACCCGGAAGGUCGUCGUGAGCUACCUCGCCAAGCACCCCAAGUACGGCAAGUACCUCCGCAAGCGGACCGUCCUCCACGUCCACGACGAGGACAACGCCUCCAAGAUGGGCGACAAAGUCGAGGUCGCCCCCUGCCGGCCCUACUCCAAGACCAAGACCUGGCGUCUGCUCCGCGUCGUCGAAGCAUGCGAAGUCGCGGACAACUCCGGCGCCAAGGUCGCCUACGUCAUCCGCGUGCUGGGCGGCUCCACCGCCCGCGGACGCCAGACUCGCCGCACCGCCGGCGUCGGCGACCGCGUCGUCUGUUCCGUCAAGAAGGCGCUCCCGGGGUCGGACAUCAAGUCCGGCGACAAGGUCAAGGGCGUCAUCGUCCGCACCUCGUACCCCACGCGCCGCGACGACGGCUCGUACGUCCGUUUCGAUAACAACGCCAUCGUCAUCAUCAACGACGACGGAAACCCCAAGGGCACCCGCAUCUUCGGCGCCGUCGCUCGCGAGCUCCGCGACCGCGGCUACAUGAAGAUCGUGUCCCUCGGCGACGAAGUCAUCAUCACCGCGGGCGAUUACAAGGGCCAGACCGGCACCGUCAUCCGCGUGAUCACCGACUCCGAUCGCGUCAUCGUCAAGGGCGCCGGCAUCGAGGGCUACCCCAAGAACCUCAAGCCCUCCCGCGUCAACCCCCAGGGCGGGCGCGUCACCCUCGACCGCUCGUUCCACAUGAGCAACGUGAGCCCCGUCGUCGACGGCAAACCCUCGCGUGUGCGUUUCGAGAUCAAGAAAGACGGAUCCAAGUCCCGCGUCGCCUCCCGAGGCGGCAAGGACAAGAAGAAAGACAACCCGGCAGCCGAGGAAGCACGCAAGCCCUCCGGCCCGCCGCGCCUCAAGACGAUGUACGAGGACGAGGUGCGCAAGAAGCUCGCCUCCGAGCUCGGCCUCUCCAACCCCAUGGAGCAGCCGCGCCUCGAGAAGAUCGUGCUCAACGUCAACGUGGGCCGACACCUCGAGAACGCCAAGCUCCCCAACAACGUGAAGGAGUCGGUCCUCGACACCCUCACCGCGGUGAGCGGCCAGAAGCCCAUCGUCAUCAAGGCGAAGAAGUCGGUCGCGAACUUCAAGCUCCGCGAGGGCAUGGAGGCGUCCGCGAUGGUCACCCUCCGACGCGAGCGCAUGUGGUUCUUCCUCGACCGCCUCAUCAACCUCGCCGUCCCCCGCAUGAAGGACUUCCGCGGACUCCCCGACAAGUCCUUCGACAAGGCCGGCAACUACUCCAUGGGCGUGACCGAGCAGGCGAUCUUCCCCGAGAUCGACAUGGGACGCGUGAGCUUCACCCACGGCAUGCACAUCAACAUGGUGUUCUCCAACUCCGACCCCGCGAAGAGCAAAAUGGUGCUCGAGUCACUCGGGAUGCCGUUCCGCAAACGAGAAGCAAAGGUGCGCCGGUGCGAGAUCACCGGUCGCGCCCGAGGCGUCUACCGCAAGUUCCGUGAACCACCGCCGCUGAAUCCCCGCGGCUCGAAAGAAGGCAAGGACCGAACUAUGUCAAUGAGCGACCCGAUCGCCGACAUGCUGACCCGAAUCCGCAACGGAGUCUCCGCGCGGAAGAAGGAAGUCAUGUGCCUCAACUCCAAGGUCUGCCGAGGCAUCGCGCAGAUCCUCACCGAGGAAGGCUACAUCGACGGAUUCGACACCAUCGACGACGGACGCCAGGGACGCAUCCGCGUCCGGCUCAAGUACGGCGACCGCGGCGAGGACAUCAUCCACGUCAUCAAGCGCGAGUCCAAGCCGGGCUGCCGCGUCUACAAGAAGGCCGAGGAGAUCACCAGCCCCCUCCAGGGCAUGGGCAUCUCGAUCGUCUCGACGUCCCACGGCGUCAUGUCCGACCGCAAGUGCCGCGAGGACCGCGUCGGCGGCGAGCUCCUGGACCAAGCCAUGUCACGACUCGGAAAACUGCCGGUGAGCGUCCCCUCGGGGGUCAACGUCUCCGUCUCCGGCGACACCAUCACGAUCAGCAAGGGCGACAAGUCCCUCACCCAGGCCCUGCGCCCGGAGGUCAACGUCUCGUUCGACGAGGGCGAGAAGGCCGUCGCCGUCACCAUCGACGAGAAGGACGUCUCGAACAAGCAGGUCCGCGCCUACUGGGGCAUGACCCGCGCCCUGAUCCAGAACAUGGUCGUCGGCGUCACCGAGGGCUACGAGAAGAAGCUCGAGGUCGUCGGCGUCGGCUACACCGCCCAGCUCGCCGGCAACAAGCUCGACCUCAAAGUCGGCUUCGCCAACACCAUCACCAAGAUGGUCCCCGCGGGCGUCGACGUCACCGUCGAGAAGCAGCUCAUCACCAUCAAGGGCCCGGACAAGCAGGCCGUCGGCCAGUUCGCCGCCGAGGUCCGAGCCGUCCGCAAGCCCGAGCCCUACAACGGCAAGGGCAUCAAGUACUCCGACGAGGUCGUCGUCCGCAAGCAGGGCAAGGCCUUCGGCGCACGAGCCCGUCGGCGCGCCCGCACCCGCUCCAAAGUGAGCGGCACGCCCACCAAGCCCCGCCUGGCCGUCUACCGUUCGCUCCAGCACAUGUACGUGCAGGUCAUCGACGACAUCAACGGCGUCACCCUCUGCUCCGCCUCGACCCGCGACGGCGGUGUCGACGGCAAGCCCGGGGCCUGCGACGGCGCCGCCGCCGUCGGCAAGGCCAUCGCCGAGAAGGCCAAGGCCAAGAACAUCGACGAGGUCGUCUUCGACCGGGGCGGCUUCCGCUACCACGGACGCGUCAAGGCCCUCGCCGAAGCCGCCCGCGAGGGCGGGCUCAAGCUCUGA